AUGACCAUGAGUCCAUCUGUUGUUCAAGCACAGGUGGUAACUUUUUAUCACAAGCUUCAGAAUGCAGUGCAGGGAUGCUAUCAAAUAUUCCAACCUCGUGCUCAGAUAAAUGGACCCAAGUCAGCACCCAAUGAAAUGGCCUGCCACCGCAGAGAGGGAUUAUCCACCGGGGAUGAGAGAGCAUUUCCUCUGGUGAGGCAGAAGCACACUAUGACAAGGACCCAUGUGGUGGCCAGCUGGCCGUCAAAAAUCUGCUAUCUAUGGACAGACCUCAAGCUAGUCCAGUCUCAAAUCUGCUAUCUCUGGACAGACAACAUAUGUGGGAGCUUCUGGGGGCCUACACCAACAGAACUAACCAGAGACUCGUUUACUUCCACACACAACCACUAUUCUGCCACUAAACAGUGCAGAAGACCAGGCCCUGUGACCAUCGAAAUAUCAUUACAAAGGCCUCUCAAGCGGCCGUGGUCACAGCAUAGUACUGUGGAUGACCUUGAUACCAGUGAGAUGGGAACUCAGAAGCCCCCAAUGUUUGCCCACUGGAUGGCUGACCAGACAAUGGUUGACGAGGUUGUCACAGAACCAAAGUCCAACUUACCCAAUGUAAAAAACAUCGAUAUUACAUCAACUACUGUGGUAGAUGAGAGUGUAACAGAAGCCAAGACGGACUCUGAGAUAGACCCAUCACAGGAGGUGCAGACCCCUAUAGAAUUCACUUGCUACUAUGAAGCCCACCUUGCCAACAAAGCCCAACUUGCCAAGUAG